AUGAGCUACGGCUUGCCUGCCAAGUAUGAAUUCCAAGAUAUUCCAGAGAACUCCGCGGCGCAAGUCAUUGCCAACUCUGGUCACGAUGACAUGAUUCACGAUGCCGUCCUCGACUAUUACGGUCGCAAGCUUGCCACGUGCUCGAGUGACCGCACCAUCAAGAUUUUCGAAAUCGACGGCGAGUCGCAGCGGUUGAUCGAGACUUUGAAAGGCCACGAAGGUGCUGUCUGGUGCGUGUCUUGGGCGCAUCCCAAAUACGGUAACAUCCUCGCAUCGGCGGGAUACGACGGCAAGGUAUUCAUCUGGAAGGAGCAAGGCCAAAACAACCAGUGGCAAAGAAUCUACGACUUCCCCCUACAUAAGGCUUCCGUCAACGUGGUCUCCUGGUCUCCCCAUGAAGCCGGCUGCCUCCUCGCCACCGCUUCGUCCGACGGCAAUGUGAGCGUUCUCGAGUUCAAGGACACGGCCGUCGAUCACGCCACGUUCCCUGCCCACGGCCUGGGGGUCAACUCAGUUUCGUGGGCUCCUGCUACUAGCCCCGGUAGCAUUGUUAGCAGUGCUCCUGGACCCGGCUCCGUUGGCAACCGACGAUUCGUCACAGGUGGCUCCGACAAUGUCCUCAAGAUUUGGUCAUUCGAUCCCGCCUCGCAAUCAUACAAGCAGGAGGGCGAGCCUCUGACUGGCCACACCGAUUGGGUCCGGGACGUUGCCUGGUCACCUACGGUCUUGCAAAAGUCGUACAUUGCUUCGGCUUCCCAAGACAAGACAGUGCGUAUUUGGACGUCAGACCCCUCUAGUAACGGCCAAUGGGACUCCAAGGUCCUGAACUUUGAUGCACCCGUCUGGCGAGUCAGCUGGUCUCUGAGCGGAAAUGUCCUGGCAGUUAGUGGCGCGGACAACAAGGUCUCAUUAUGGAAGGAGAACCUGCGGGGCGAGUGGGAGUGUGUCAAGUCGAUUGAGGAGUAG